AUGACACCUCACGGACUUGACGACGCCAUCGAUGGAAAUGUCGGCGUCAUGCGUGGGAUAGACAAUGGAGAGUUGUCCGCUAAGGAGGGUGACGGCUCACUUGACUGUUCUCGACGUUGUGAUUUGAGGAAGUUAAAGAACCCACCAAGUACCGUUGUAUGCAGCUUGGUGUCUCUAUUCACUGGUCCAGAAAUGAAGCUGUGGGUACAAAGAAGGGUUGAGGGGAAGGUUGAGCCCGCUUACGAGAGCCGAACCAGAUUUGAACGGUUGUAUUUUGUCUUACCGGGUGGCGGAGAGGUCGGGGUGGCUAUUUUGCAUGGAUUGGAUGCGAGGCAUCCAUCUAGCAUCAAAAGAAAGAAGACCAAAUCUCAACUUAGUAGUAUGGAGCUGAUAGGUGCCAAAAGUGCGAUCGCCACGCUUAAGACGGUGCUUUGGGCUCACCGGCGCUCAGCCCUUCGCAGGAGCGUUAUUCACCUGGGCAAGGGGCAGAAAAAGGAAAAAGGCUGA